AUGUCUCCCUGGGGUCUCCCCGAAGCCAUACGCCACGGAUCUGUAAAUGCAGACGGCCUAAACAUGCAUUUCCUUGAAGCAGGCUCGCCUGACGCUCCCCUUGUGCUCUUACUCCAUGGCUUCCCAGAGCUAUCCUACUCUUGGCGGAAAGUGAUCCUUCCCCUCUCUGCUGCGGGAUAUCGAGUUGUAGCCCCGGAUCUUCGAGGGUAUGGCCUUUCGUGCCCAGAUCGCGUACAUUUCGACGACGAUCUUGCACCCUAUCGUCCCUAUGCCAUCGUACGCGACGUUGUGGCACUGGUCUUUGCGCUGCGCGCCCACUCUGUCUUUGCAGUUGUCGGACACGACCAAGGAAGCCUCGUCGCUGGAAACUGCGCUCUUAUCCGGCCAGAUCUAUUCAAACGUGUCGUAUGCAUGAGCGCGCCCUACACCGGCGCACCCAGAUACAAGAAGAGCGAGGGAGAUCGCGGCGUUGUACGUCCGCCGAGCAUCGUACCUUUCGUCGAACGCGCGCUUCAUGCCCUCGAUCCGCCGCGCAAACACUACACUGUAUACUUCUCCGGACCGUCAGCCGAUAACGACAUGACUGGGCCAGAGCUGCACGCUUUUCUGCGCGCAUAUUACCACGUUAAGAGCGCGGAUUGGGAGGGAAACGGAGAGCCUCACGCGCUCGCGGCACCGACGGCCGAGGCGAUUGCGGUCUUGCCCGAGUACUACAUCAUGCAACGUGACAAGGACAUGCCAAGUACGGUGCUAUCGCACGCUCCGACGAUCACGCAGGUGGCGGCCAAUCGGUGGUUACCAGAGGACGAGCUAGCCGUCUACGUGAAUGAGUAUGCACGCACCUCGUUCCAGGGCGGCUUGAACGGCUAUCGAUGCUUCACGGAGGAGAGCGGGCGUUGGACGGAUGACUUGCUAGCCUUCUCGUGCAAGACGGUGGACGUGCCAGCAGCGUUCAUCGCGGGUAAGCGAGACUGGGGCGUCUGGCAGUUCCCUGGUGCGGUGGACAUCAUGAAGAAGGUCAUGCCGAGUAUGGGCGAGCGUUUCAUUCUCGUUGACGGAGCUGGUCAUUGGGUACAGCAGGAGAAGCCAGGAGAAGUUGUCGAACAGUUACUACAUUUCUUCGAAGCGACCGCAUGA